CGCCGGGACGGCGGUGCCGGGACCGGGACCGGUGGCGGAGCCGGCAGGGAUGAUGGCGUCGGCCGGCGUGCAGAUAUUCGCCUUCAUCCUCGCCCUCCUGGGCAUCUUUGGUGCCACGGUGGCCACCCUCCUGCCCAACUGGAAGGUGAGCGCAGACAUGGGCGCCAACAUCAUCACCGCCAUCUCGCAGAUGCAGGGCCUGUGGAUGGACUGCACCUGGUACAGCACCGGCAUGUUCAGCUGCACCCUCAAGUACUCGGUGCUGUCCCUCCCGGCCUACCUGCAGACGGCCCGCACCACCAUGGUCCUCUCCUGUGUUCUGGCCGCCCUGGGGCUCUGCCUGGCCUCCCUGGGGCUCAAGUGCACCCGCUGGGGGGGCGGGCGGCGGGCCAAGAGGCGGGCGGCCCUGGCCGGCGGCUCCUGCCUGGUGGUGGCCGGGCUUCUGUGCCUGGUGCCGGCGUCCUGGUUCAUCGACGAGGUCAUCUCCAGCUUCCUGGACUCCAACGUCCCCGAGAGCAGCAAGUUCGAGCCGGGGGGCGCCGUCUACGUGGCCUUCGUCUCCUCCGGCUUCCUCUUCCUGGGCGGAGCCGUCUUCUGCCUGUCCUGCUCGGGGAAGAGGCGCGGGCCGAGGGACCCGCCCAUGCUGGGACCUCCGGACAAGCUCCUGCAGCAGCAGCAACAGCAACAGCAGUUGCAGCAGCAGCACUUGCAGCACCAGCAGCAGCAGCACUUGCAGCACCAGCACUUGCAGCAGCAGCAGUUACAGCAGCAGCAUCUCCAACAGCAGCUGCAGCAGCAGCAGUUCCAGCCGCAGUUCCCGCAGCACCUUCUCCUCCAACCUCCGCCGCCACCGCCGCCUCCACCUCCGCAGCACCAGUACUGCACGCUCUCCCCGCUGGACAACCGGGCCGGCUACAGCUUGCAGGAUUACGUGUAGCAGACCCCCGCCCCGGCCCCCGCCCCGGCCGCUCCUCGGCUUUCCCGGGAAACCGUUUGCGAGACAGAGGGAGGGACAGACGACAGAGGAGAAGGAGGAGGAGGAGGAGGAGGGGAAAGGGCCUUGGCGCCUUCUUCCGUCUCUCCUCUCUCUCUCUCUUCCCCACCCCUCCCUUCUCCGUAUCGCGAGGCACGGAGGUAUUCCCCGAGCCGGCGACUCAGAGCAGACGGGCAGCGAGCGUUGCUCCUGCAGCAGUCUGAGGGCGAGGCAGACUGGGGACGGAGCCGUCAAACAACUGCAGAUGCGCCGAGCGCUAGUAAAU